AUGGCGAUGAAGGCGCUCAGAGGGAUGGUGAACGGGGCCAUGAGUGAGCUCUCCUCGGCCGUCAGCGGGAACAAACCGACGGCCGCCGCCGCUCCGGCAGCCGCUCCGGCCGCCGCUGCCGCUGCCGCGUCCCGGGAGCACGUCAUGGCCGUGAGCCGGGACUAUAUCACCCAGCCUCGCCUCACCUAUAAAACAGUGUCUGGAGUCAACGGUCCGCUGGUGAUUCUGGAUCAGGUGAAGUUUCCACGCUACGCAGAGAUCGUCCACCUCACCCUGCCUGAUGGUACCAAGAGGAGCGGGCAGGUGCUGGAGGUCACUGGGUCCAAAGCUGUGGUGCAGGUGUUUGAGGGGACUGCAGGUAUCGAUGCCAAGAAGACCAGCUGUGAGUUUACAGGAGACAUCUUACGGACGCCUGUAUCUGAGGAUAUGUUGGGUCGUGUGUUUAAUGGAUCCGGUAAACCGAUCGACAGAGGGCCGGCGGUCCUGGCUGAAGACUUCUUGGACAUCAUGGGUCAGCCUAUAAACCCUCAGUGUCGUAUCUACCCGGAGGAGAUGAUCCAGACCGGCAUAUCUGCCAUCGACGGCAUGAACAGCAUCGCCAGGGGGCAGAAAAUACCCAUCUUCUCUGCUGCAGGGCUGCCACACAACGAGAUCGCGGCUCAGAUCUGUCGGCAGGCCGGUUUGGUGAAGAAGUCGAAGGACGUGAUGGACUACAGCGAGGAAAACUUCGCCAUCGUGUUCGCCGCCAUGGGGGUGAACAUGGAGACCGCCCGGUUCUUUAAGUCUGACUUUGAGGAGAACGGUUCCAUGGACAACGUCUGUUUGUUCCUCAACCUGGCCAACGACCCCACCAUCGAGCGAAUCAUCACGCCUCGUUUGGCUCUGACAUCAGCAGAGUAUCUGGCCUAUCAGUGUGAGAAGCAUGUCCUCGUCAUCCUCACUGACAUGAGCUCGUACGCGGAGGCUCUCCGAGAGGUGUCUGCAGCCAGAGAGGAGGUGCCGGGCCGCCGAGGCUUCCCGGGCUACAUGUACACCGAUCUGGCCACCAUCUACGAGAGAGCCGGCAGAGUGGAGGGACGCAACGGCUCCAUCACACAGAUCCCCAUCCUCACCAUGCCCAAUGAUGACAUCACUCAUCCGAUCCCUGACCUGACGGGUUACAUCACUGAGGGACAGAUCUACGUUGACAGACAGCUGCACAACAGACAGAUCUAUCCUCCCAUCAACGUGUUGCCGUCUCUCUCUCGUCUGAUGAAAUCCGCCAUCGGGGAGGGAAUGACCCGCAGAGACCACUCUGAUGUUUCCAACCAGCUUUAUGCAUGUUAUGCCAUAGGGAAGGAUGUCCAGGCCAUGAAGGCAGUGGUGGGAGAAGAAGCUCUGACAGCUGAUGACCUGCUUUAUCUGGAGUUCCUGACCAAGUUUGAGAAAAACUUCAUUUCCCAAGGUGCCUACGAGAACAGGAGCGUGUUUGAGACUCUGGACAUCGGAUGGCAGCUCAUGAGGAUUUUCCCCAAAGAGAUGCUGAAGAGGAUCCCGCAGAGCACCUUAGCUGAGUUUUACCCCCGAGAGGCCAAACGUUAACCGACACGUUCCAGCUGUGUCUCCUGCCGCUUCCAUCGCUGCAUACAUACAUACAUACAUACAUACAUACAUACAUACAUACAGUGUAGUGUUGUACCGUCACAUAUGAUGUGAUGCUGUAACAGUCAUGACACUCGUGACAUUCAUGUGGCCUUGACAACAACGCACCAUUCCUGCUUAACAACCAGAAACAGACGGAGGAAGAUAUUAAAACAGAUGUUUGUUUACAGAGUGAAUGUAAAGAGCAGCAUGUUUAACGUUGAUCUGUUUGUGUUUAUACGAGUGAUGAUGAUGAUGAUGAUGAUGAUGACAUUUAGAUUUUUGUGUCAUGACUAUAAUUAGCAAAUUAAUCUAAACUUAGAUAAUCAAUACAGGUAAUGAGCCUCGUAUUUGGAAAACAGCAUCACUAACGAGCUUUUAAAAAAAAACAACAGAUUUUGAUGCUUGGCGAGUUAAUAAAGAUCCAAUCAGCUCACCAACAAAUCAAAACAAUCCAGCAACACCUGAGAUGCUGGUUUACACAACAUCUGCACGACUGAAAAAAUGCAGUUUGCAGCGCUGAGGAAUUGAUUUUAGCUUUCUGUCAGAAAUAUUCAUCAAACCAAAGAUGCUCUUCAGGCAGCAAUUAGUUUGACGUUUCUUUGAGUUUACAUUAAAUACACUAAAAUACAACACUGCAGUCAGCCAGUCCUGAUAUACUAUUAAACUGUGGAGGAUAAAAACACAGUAAAGCUAAACGCUCGUAUCGAUUGUGCUUCUCUCGAGGGGAAAAGGGGGUAAAAUGGCAAAAGUUCCAGUCAGGCAAUAAAAAAAACUAACAAACAGACAAAACAGACCUAUGAUUGACUAUUUACCAACCAUUUCUUCACCAAAAAAGUUUCAAACUUGUCUAAUAAGGCAGAUUUUCACUGCUGGCUCUUUAAAUUUAAACAUAUGAAAGUGGUAUCAGUCUUCUCAUGUAACUCUUGGCAAUAGUAAAAUAAGGACAUUUCCCAAAAUGUUAAACUGUUCCUUUACCCUGCAGAGGAAUGUUUCUAUGACUGGGUCCCUGCUUUUUGUUAGCCAAUAGUUGCAAACUAUUUCACUGACCAACAGGUGGCGCCAAGAAAUGCAUAAAUGCACCAACAAAGGCAGUGAAGAAGAAGACUGCUAGCAAGUAAACAUGGACGUAAACAAUCCAGAUUUCAAAAUGCUUAAAAAAACAGUUUUGAAAAUGUUUUAUGGGGAAGGAAACACACUCGACACGUUUGUUAGACCUCCAGGAUGCACACGAUGAGUUUUAGUGACACCGAAAGUUUAUUCACAAGAAAACUCCACAGGGAGCUUUAACAGCAGAUGUGGCUCGGAGUGUGUUUUGCUGCACAUUACCACAGUCAGCAGUGACGUCAUGGUGUACUGGAGUACAUCUUUACAUCAGAGCAGCAAGGUGACGAGUUAAACCACCCGAGGGCAGCAAAGACAAGACGCUAAAUUCUAAAAAACGCUGUUUUUGUGUUAAAACAACCUGCGACCACAGCAGGAGUUUCAGCUCGUUUCUAUAAACACCUCUGACCACAUUAAAACGCCAGAACAGAUAAUUCUCCUCUUACUGGGCAUGUGUUGGAGGACAGACAAGAAAGUCAGCCACAACAAAACCAGUGAAGAAGAAACACUAUACUAGUUCCAUUUCGGUGGCGGCUUCUCGAUGUUUAGUUUAUUGCAGCAGAUUCCAACAGUUUGAGCAGAGAAAGGUGAUCGAUUAGCUACGUCUGAACAAGCUAUCAAUCAGAAAACAACAUUCGCAUGAAGCCGUCCGCCAUUGUUGUUCCUCCAAUGAAACGCCGCCGCGCUACUGCCACCAUCUGUUUGUCAGCGAUAUGUCAGCUGGAGAGAAAAAUAAACUUUUAGUCUGGACGGAGGGCAGAAACGCAGAGAAGAAGAUGCGUUUACCAAUUUAGCCGGUUUAACGUGGACGUGGUCUCAGAUCACGGUCAGCAUCACUCAGGGCGUUUACAUGCUCCUCAGUUGCCUGGUUACAGCUUUCUACAGUCAGCUGAUUUCUUAACUGGGGUAGGGGAUUAGAGAAACACGGUUUCUUGGUAGAUCACGGUAGAACGCUGAUUUCUUUAUCAUUUCUAUAUCAUGCAUCCAGUUCCUAAUCGGGUUUUUACUCAUGACAAACAACUGCAGAUAGAGAAGGCAGAGCGGAGCGAUGCGUCCUCUUAUUUAAAAUAAGUCCAUCCAACUGAAACUGGAACUGACACAAAGUCACUUGUAGAAGUCUAAAAAAGUCUGUUUCCCCCGCCGAAUGUUUGACCUGGUUACUGAAGUGCAGGUAAACACACUGAUGAUGUGUUUUGUUUUGAUGUCAUGGUUCACUGGAGGUCAGAUGUUAAACCACUGGAGGUCAGUAAAGACAAGAUUUUCAAGGGUGUUAAGUUACUCUUUAAUAUGCAUAUUUAUAUGUCCUUCAUUUUUGAUGUUUUGAUGUAUAAUUUUUCUUCAAACUCCUGUAGAAAUACAGCAAAUCAUGUGUGAUUUACUCCAAAUUAACACCACCACAUCAUUUAUUCUGUGGUCAUGUGACAAAAUAAAGCAAUCAGCAGCAAAUCCAAAAGAGUUUACAGUUGAUCCGUCUAAACAUUCUGCAGCUAAUUCCCUGCAUGAAGAAGAGUCUCACCUGAGUGCUCAUUAUGGAGGCGUUUUUUUUAAAAAAAAAAAAAGUUUUGCUUUGGCGGUCAGCGCACAUCGCCGUCCUUGUACGUGCGAUACGACUGUGACACUUUGACAGACUUGUCAUGUUCUGCCACAAGCUACAAGGCCUUGUUCUUCGGAGAGAUGUGACUUUUACAUUUGACAUGAGCUUUGAUGCACGCCGCCUUUUCCAAGAAGCCAUGUUUGUAACAGUGGAGCCGGGAGAUGAAAUCCAGUGUCUGAAAUGAAAUGUCCUUUGAUGUUGUGGUUUCUUUAGAUUUGUCUCCUUGUUCUUCUAGUAUGUGUUAUUUGCUUUCUUUCGAAAAAACGUCUAUAAAUGAUAUAUUUCUGUAUGAAUGAUGUGUUUACUGACUGAUUUUAAAUCAGCUUGCAUGCAUCGUUGUUGAAUGUUUCCUGUCGGUGCCUCAAAUAUCAACUCAUAUGAAAUAAA